AUGGCUGCCGUCGCAUUUCGGAACCCUAACUCCCGGCGAUUGCUGUCUAUUUCUCCUCAAUUAUACUCUUGUUGCAGAGGAUCUGUACUUUCCCCGAGCUCCUCCGUUUCUGAAUCCGUCUCUCCCAAUGAAGUCUCCAGUUUUCCUAACCCUUGGUGGAGAUCCAUGGCUACUUUUACCCGAACCAAACCCCACGUUAAUGUAGGAACCAUUGGACAUGUUGAUCAUGGUAAAACGACCUUGACUGCUGCAAUCACAAAGGUCUUGGCAGAAGAGGGAAAAGCUAAGGCUAUUGCCUUUGAUGAAAUUGACAAAGCACCCGAGGAGAAGAAAAGAGGGAUUACAAUUGCUACGGCACAUGUGGAAUAUGAAACAGCCAAAAGACAUUAUGCACAUGUAGAUUGUCCUGGACAUGCAGAUUACGUCAAAAACAUGAUUACUGGAGCUGCACAAAUGGACGGGGGUAUUCUUGUUGUAUCUGCUCCUGAUGGGCCAAUGCCACAGACAAAGGAGCAUAUUCUGCUUGCUCGGCAGGUCGGUGUGCCAUCGCUAGUGUGCUUUUUGAAUAAAGUUGACGCUGUUGAUGAUCCAGAAUUGCUGGAACUUGUCGAAAUGGAACUCCGUGAUCUACUUUCCUUCUACAAGUUUCCUGGGGAUGAAAUCCCAAUUAUUCGAGGUUCAGCAUUGUCUGCUUUACAGGGGACGAAUGAAGAAAUUGGCAAGAAAGCUAUUCUGAAAUUGAUGGAUGCUGUCGAUGAGUACAUCCCAGACCCCGUACGUCAACUAGAUAAACCUUUCCUGAUGCCCAUAGAAGACGUUUUCUCUAUCCAGGGACGAGGAACUGUUGCCACUGGGCGUAUUGAACAAGGAAUGAUCAAAGUCGGGGAUGAAGUUGAGAUAUCAGGGCUGAUGCAGAAUACUCUUAAAUCGACUGUGACUGGAGUUGAGAUGUUCAAGAAGAUCCUAGAUAAUGGACAAGCUGGUGACAAUGUGGGGCUGCUUCUUCGUGGUUUGAAAAGAGAAGACAUUCAGCGAGGCCAGGUUAUUGCAAAACCCAACACUGUGAAAACAUACAAGAGAUUUGAGGCCGAAAUCUACGUACUCACAAAAGAUGAGGGUGGUCGUCACACAGCCUUCUUUUCAAAUUAUAGGCCUCAGUUCUACUUGAGAACAGCCGAUAUCACUGGUAAGGUGGAGUUGCCUGAAAACGUGAAGAUGGUUAUGCCGGGGGAUAAUGUGACUGCUGUUUUCGAGCUGAUUUUGCCCGUUCCCUUAGAAGCAGGUCAAAGAUUUGCAUUGAGAGAGGGAGGUAGAACAGUUGGUGCUGGUGUUGUUUCCAAAGUGCUGAGCUGA